CACACACAAAAGACUGAUUUCCUUCUCUCGUCUGUAGAGCUUUCACUUUGUCUCGAUGUAAAUCUGAUUGGAGAACAACCAGAAACUUUUUAAGAACCAUUUUGGAGAAAUUUUUAGAGUCAGAGUGAAGAUUUAAUUGCUUAAACUCUUGACAGCAGUGAAGAUGGAUUCAGCGUCAGCAGAAGAUCUUACAUGUCCUGUGUGUAAAGAAGUCUUCAAGGAUCUUUUUGUUUUAACAUGUAAACACAAAUACUGUACAGAGUGUCUUCGAUCAUUCUGGAGAGACACAGAAACAAAGUGGUGUCCUUUGUGCAGUAGAAGAUCCUCACAAGGGCUUCCUCCACAUAUGUGCAUUUUACACAGAGAGAAACCCCAGCUCUACUGUGUGGAGGACCAACAGUUCGUGUGUUUAACAUGUGUUAACUCUGAAGAACACACCAAUCACACAUUCAAAUCCAUCAGAGGAGCCAUUUCAUCAUAUAAGGAGACAAAAGAGAGAAGUUCAUCAGAGUCAGAGGAGAUCUGCAGUUUACAUGAUAAGAAACUCCAGCUCUUCUGUCAGGAAGAUGAACAGCCUGUGUGUGUAGAGUGUGUUUAUGCUGAAACACACACCAAUCACACAUUUAAAUCUGCCAGUGAAGCUGCUUCAACAUUUGAGGAGAAACUCAAAACAGAAAUAAAGACAUUAGAAGAGAAUCGUAAACACAAAGAAAACAUUAAAGGAGAGUUUGAGGAAUCAGCUAAACACAUCAAGUUUAAGGUCGACUACACACAGAAACAGAUUGAACAUCAGUUUGAGAUGCUUCACCAGAAACUCGAAGAGGAAAAACAAGCAGCAAUCGCUGCACUGAGGGAGGAAGAGGAGGAGAUAAUGAAGAAGACAGUGGAGGAGAUCGAGAGUCAGAUCUCAACACUUACAGAUGCAAUCAAAGACACAGAGGAGAUGCUGAACGCCAGUGAUGACUGCUUACUGAAGGACGCUGAUGUCUUUAUAAGAAGAGUCCAGAUCUCUCAGCCGUAUCCAGAACUGCCAUCUGCAGCUUCAGUAAAUGUGUCACGGUACUUGGGGAACCUGAUGUCCAACAUCAAGAAAAAGAUGGAGGAGACGAUUAAUAACAUUUUCCAGUACAUUCCUGUGUUUUUGGAUCCAAAAACAGCUCAUCCGGAUCUUGUAGUGUCUGAUGAUCUGACCAUUGUGAAGAGAGAGAAGAUUCCUGAAACUCCAGAGAAACCCUACCAUCCGUAUGUUCUGGGUUCAGAGGGUUAUAACUCAGGAAAGCACAGCUGGGAUGUGGAGGUGAAAGACAGUAAAUUCUGGACUAUUGGAGUAAUGACAGAAUCAAGCCACAAGAAGGGAGCUAAUUUAUUAACGUCUGACAACUGGAGUGUUCACUAUGAUAACUUUAGUAUGUCAAAAUGGCCUGGAUUUUCUGUUGAUCAAAAUCCUGAGCGUGUGAGAGUUGAACUGGAUUAUGAUAGUGGAACAGUGUGUUUCUCUGAUUCUGUAAAUAACACACUUCUACACACAUUCAAAACCACCUUCACUGAGACUGUCCUUCCUUUCUUUCAUACUCUCGACUCUCUGAAGAUCUUGAGAUUCAGUGAUAAGUAAAUGUAGGUCUGGAUCUUUAAAGGUUCAGGACACACUGGAGAACUUUUUUUAUAUUAACAGAUUUGUGUGUGUUGAGCAUCAGUUAAGACA